AUGCCCAGGUCAGUCUGGAGUGCUGUGGUUUAUCCAGCGCUUAUUUUCACCGUUGCUCUGCUUGCCAUGAGAAAUGGCAUCAAUUCCAGUCUCGCUUCUAUUAUCGAUCGAUAUCGUCCAGAUCUGACAAGCUACGAAAAGUUCUAUCGAAAUACACACCAGGACCCCGAGCUUUCCGGCGUUGAGGCCAACACCGCGGCGGUCGUCGCGUCGCAUCUCGAAGGUCUCGGACUCGUUGUUCAUUCAAAUAUCGGGGGACAUGGCGUGGUCGGGCUACUCGAGAAUGGUCUUGGCAGAACUGUCCUGAUCCGCGCAGAGCUGGAUGCUUUGCCCAGGCAUGAGCAGACCAACUUGUCAUAUGCAAGCACAAAAAUAAUGACCGACAGAUAUGGGAAUGAGCGGCCAGUGAUGCAUGCCUGUGGCCAUGACAUGAAUAUGGCCGCACUUCUGGGGGCUACCGCGCUGCUGCACGGCGCUCGGGAACACUGGAUUGGUACACUGGUCGUCGUCUUCCAGCCCGACGAGGAGGAGAAGGGAGGAGCUGAGGCUAUGGUGGAGGAUGGACUUUACUCGAUGAUUCCGGUUCCAAACAUCAUGCUUGCGCAGCAUGUGACCCCUCUGAACAGCGGAUCCGUGGCAAUUGCUUCUGGUCCUGUGCUGAUGGCUGCCGACGCUGUUGAUGUUCGAGUCUUUGGCGAACCCUGCCCUGGCAUCAAUCCUCAACUAUGUCAAGACCCCAUCGCGAUCGCAAUGCGCAUUGUGCAGAGCAUACAAGACCUGGUAAAGAAGGAAUUUGGAGAGGAAGAAGCAACCGUUGCAUGCUGGGGAUUCCACGCGGGAAUCCCAGGCGCCGACUUCGUAUUCUAUGCCGACUUCCUUCUCGAUAUUAAGACCGUCAAGCCCAAGGUCAGGGACGAGGUACUUGUUUUCGUCAAGAAGUCAAUCGAGGCACAAUGCAAGGAGAUGGACUGCCCAAAAGAUCCGCUUUUCACUUCCAAAGUACGAGCGCCUCUCACGACGAACGCCGAAUCUGCAGUGAAGCCUAUACGCGAAGCCUUCAGCUCUUAUUUUGCAUCCAAUCUUCUGCCUAUGGAACUACAGCGAGUGACAGAAGACUUCUCAGCUCUGCAAGGAUCGUUCAAAAUUCCUUACGCUUAUUGGAAUUUCGGUGGCACUUCUUCGGACGAAGAUAUCGCAUAUAACCAUUCACCAUUCUAUGCGCCUGCUCUUGAUCCAACUUUGAAGUCCGGGAUAGAUGCUAUGGCAUUGGCUACACUGGCAUCUUUUGGAUCAGAAGGGCAUGCACCUUAAAUGGUAAUCAGUCACAGUAGCUGUAGAUCUCAUCUCUACUCCAGCCCCAUGUUUGUUUGAAAUGUGUCUCUUGAGACAGGGGCAACUUUUCGCUACUUUAUGGUAAAACUUCCUCUUCAAUUCUCCUAG